AUUACGCAUUUUGUGUUUAAAUCGCUUGGACUAUAAAUAAAUUGUUUAAAAGAGAGAGAUAGAAAAUAGGUUAUAUUUUACUUUAUAUCAACCUCAAUAGAGAGCAGCACUAAACUAGAAACGACGAAGCUACCAUCUAUCUGAUAAUAGCAAAAAAUUAUUAUUGCAGAUUACUUAUUACUUCUAUAAAUAUUUUUUAGGUUGUUAAAUUCUGUCAAAUGUAAACAAUAUUUUUUUUAGGAAAACGAAAUAUAUUAGGCUUUUUAAAUGGAUAGUUUACUGAUUUUUAAUAAGUUAAAUGACCUAGUAUUUAGAAAAUACAAUGAUGAUUUUGAAGAAUACAUAAGAAAGUAUGCUAUCAGUCAAGAUUUGAUUUCAGAGGGUGGACCAGAAACAGAUAUUAGCAAUAAUGUUUUUAUACAAAUUUUUUCUCCUGUUGUCACAUCACAUCGGAUAAUGCAUUGCCAAUUUGGAAAUUCCUAUACAUCCGUACAGUUUCAGGAUGAUUUAAAGAUAACGUUUGCAGAAUUUAUGGGGUAUCUCUUUCUUUCAAUAAGCAAUGAAAAUAUUACAGGAUUCGUACAGAAAUGUGUUGUAUUUGCCAGAUAUAUUUGUGGCCCCGACAUAUCUCAAUUACAGUCUGACGAAUCAAAAUCGGAUUUAUUGUGCAAUUUGAUCGACCAGUGGUUACUUUUACGAAGUAACAGUCAAACUGUCUACGUCGAGGCGAUUGAACAGCUUGUGGUAAACAGCGACAUCACAGCAACCUGUCUUGAAACACUGAAAAACUCAGCUAACGAUCUAGUUGAUCACAGUGAAUAUUCUAAGGUUCACGCCAUUCUAAUGGUAGAAGAUAAAAUUUUAUCUUUGUACUCAAGUGUGAAUGCUCACCAGCUAUCUCCAACAGAUCUACUGUUCAUAGUAAUUUUAACGCAUUGUCAGAUCAAUUCUAAUAGCCUAAAUAGUCAGCAAGUAUUACUGACGGGGAAUGAGGAAGAACCAAAGUGUUUGCCGCACGUUAUACAUACAGUCCCGCUUUUUGAACGCGUCUAUUUAAUAUACGUUAUUGAAAUAGGACAUGCUGCAGUUUCUGCUACUUUAUAUGAAAACUUUUGCCACCUGCACGCGCUGCAAAACAUCCAAGUACAACGGGAUAAAGAAAAAAUUCAGUUUGGAUUUGAAAAUGUGGAAUUGGCCGUGAAAAGAUUGAAUGAUAGUAUAAAGAAAGUUAAAGAUGGAUCUAUUGAGUCUGUUCAUAAACAAAUCACUAAACAAUGGGAAAUUAUCAAGACCAAAUAUAAAGAAUAUCUUAAAAGCGGUUUAAAUGAAGCAAUACUAAGAGCCGAAACAUUACUACCAGGAAUGCUUGACGAAUUGUACGAUUUAUUUCGUCUAAUAUCGAAAGACAGUACCAUAUUAGACAGCAGCUUUAGGAAGGUUAGUCAGGUACUGCCGAGAGUUAAAUCGGACUUGGAAGUUUUCACUGACUUCUUCAAAGUUAAAGGGACGAAGAACUUCACCCUAGGAUCUAGAAAUUCCCUAACCAUUAAUAAGUAUAUGGAAGACUUCCCAGGACUUGUUCAUUUUCUCUACGUGGACAGGAAUACUCACAGGGUCACUACGCCUACUCUGGACCUAACCACCGACAAAGCUGACUUUAUGAAAAAGAAGAUCUGGUUGAUGAUCUCUUUUGGUCAACGCCAUUUGCAACAAGGAUAUACCAGUAUCAUUUGGAAAGAUACAACCUUUACCUACGGCUAUUUUUUAUGGUUCGAGAACCACAGCGGCGGACCAAUAAAAACACCCACAAAUUUAGGUCCAAUGAACCACAAUCCUGGUAUAUUAGAAGAUGAUUAUUUUCUGAGACUGAAAAAAACGUACUUUCCAAAGCAGUCGCCUUCGAAAAUUAAAUGCUACGAAUUAUUUUGUGUGCAUUUAGGACUGACAACGCCCUCUGGUAUGCUGGAGCAGGCUAGAAGACUAGCGGGAACAGUAUGGGAAUUGAAAGGGUUUCCUACUCAUGCUAUAGAUUUUCUAUAAGU